AUGGCGGGCGAAAAAGUUUCAGAAUCAAGCUUGCAGACAUCAGUUGUAUUAAUCUAUGUUUCACGGCGAUGCAAACCGCUACCACUUUCCUCCCCCCUCCUCCUCCUAACGGCGGCGCUAACCCUCUCCGCCAAACCAACCGCCUACGAAGCCCUUCGAAACAUCAAUUUUCCAGAGGGAUUUCUCCCACAAGGCGUAACACGCUACGAACUCGACGAAUCAAGUGGCAAUUUCCACGCCGAUCUGAACGGUUCGUGCAGAUUCUCUUUACAAGAUCUCAGGGGUAUAAACGUCACAGUGCUAUUCCUCUGGGUAAACAUUCUUGAAGUUGUUAGAAAAGGAGAUGACCUUGAUUUCUCUGUCGGAUUCGCUACUACUCCUUUUCCGUUAGAUAGUUUCUUUGAUUCUCCACAGUGCGGUUGCGGUUUGGAUUGUGAUAUUUUAAGAAUAAGAAAACUCAAAUUGAAUACGAAAAACCCUUCUCUUUCAUCUGCUUAG